UCUGCUGCAAUUAACUCUUGGUCCCUUGGCACUUCUUCUUUUUAUUUGUAUUAUUCUUGCAGAGCGGUUGAAACAGUUUUUGGGGUUUUUUUUUUCCGGGAGGGGGGAAGGCUUGUCUUUAAUUUCGGGGGGUGGUUUUUUGUUUUUUAAAUCUCUCUCCCCGUAGCUUUUGCAAUCAACUAUUAAGGUGCAACUAUGCCCAAAAGAAAGGCUGCAGCUGAAGGCGAGGCAAAGGAGGAGCCAAAGAGGAGGUCAGCUAGAUUAUCUGCUAAACCUGCUCCACCGAAACCGGAGCCAAAGCCCAAAAAGGCAGCACCUAAGAAAGAGAAAGCAGCAAAUGAUAAGAAGGAGGACAAAAAAGCAGCAACAAAAGGGAAGAAGGGAGCCAAAGGCAAAGAUGAAGCUAAGCAAGAGGACACUAAAGAAGAAAACCACUCUGAAAAUGGAGAUACCAAAACUAAUGAGGCACCAGCUGCUGAAGCAUCUGAUGAUAAGGAAGCCAAGUCCGAGUAAUGUUAACCCUGCCCUAUAUCUCCAUCAUUUGGUAUCCGUACCUCCAUGCUGUAUUGUUAACAGAGAGGAAUAUUUUUAUCAACUAUUUUAUAAAUGCAGGUUUUUUUAGCAUGAAUUUAAUUAUGGAACAUCUUCAUCUCGGUUACUUGGGAAUUAAAUCCCUAACAAAACAAAAAAUCAUUGUUUUUAAAUUUUGUGAUUGUAAUAGUUUGUAUGGUACAUGGAAAGAAUAAGUGGUGGUAGCUUUUGACUUUUGUCAGUGUGUCCUUUUUUGUGUAAGUCAUGCUUACAGACUUCAGAUUUUAAUUUUACCCUUGUAUGUGUUGUAUGGUUUCUUAAAGUGGGGAGGUCUCAAAACAAAUAACUGUUAAACAUUCCAGUGGUUCUGUGGGUUGGUUUUAUAAAGAAGGUGAGAUAUUUUCAUGAAAAUCUUAAGAGCUGGAAAUCUGCUGUUUCCCAAAUGUAAUUUUAUUUUGUCGUUUUUGAAAAAAAAUAAAAGUGUAAUCUUGUUUUUAAAUGAAAUACAAAAUUUCUUUUAAAAGGGCAGGUUGGUUGUAUGUACCCACUGUUAGGAAUUUUGCUGGAUUUAUCUUAAUAAAAAAGACUCCUCAAAAGUU